AUGAAAGAUUACAAAUCAGCAUUAGUUUCGUAUCUAAAAGCUCUUCACAUCAGAUUGAAAGUAUAUGGAGAAGAUCAUCCUGACACAGCUAUCAGUUACCACAACAUUGGAAUUACACAUAAUGAUAUGAAAAACUACAAGUCAGCAUUACAGUCGGAUGAGAAAGCUUUCGAAAUCAGAUUAAAACUAUUUGGAGAAAAUCAUCCUGACACAGCAAGUAGUUAUUCCAGCAUCGGCUCAACACAAGAUGGGAUGAAAAAUUACAAGUCAGCGUUACAGUCGCAAGAGAAAGCUUUCGAAAUCAGAUUAAAACUAUUUGGAGAAGAUCAUCCUGACACAGCAAGUAGUUAUUCCAGCAUCGGCUUUACACAACAUGGGAUGAAAAAUUACAAGUCAGCGUUAGAAUCGAAACAAAAAGCUCUCGAAGUCAGAUUGAAAAUAUAUGGAGAAGAUCAUCCCGACACCGUAGAGACUUAUCGUGACAUUGGUGUCACAAAACGUUCAAUGAGGAACCUCCACGCAGCACUUGACCUGCAUCAAUAUGUCGUGCAAGCACAACUGAAACUGCAUGGUGAAUACCACGACGAUACUGCUUUUAGUUAUGGCAGCCUGGGAAUCACACAAAGCGAGAUGAAAGAUUACAAGUCUGCUUUAGAAUCGCAUGAACAUGCUCUAAGAAUCAGUUUGAAUUUGCAUGGAGAAAAUCAUCCUGACACUGCCGGUAUUUACGGCAACAUUGGAGCCACACAAUGUGAAAUGGGAAACUACAAAUCCGCAUUAGAGUCGCACAACAAAUCACUUCAAAUUAGAUUGAAAUUGUUUGGAGAACAUCAUCCCGACACAGCUGAUAGUUAUACCCAAAUUGGGAUCGCACAACAGGAAAUGAAGGAUUACAAGUCAGCAUUAGAGUCCAAAGUGAAAGCUCUACAAAUCCUAGUAAAACUCUUCGGAGAAGAUCAUCCUGAGAUGGCUGAGUAUGAUCUCGAUAUUUCUCGGGUAAAAGGUCUUUUGAAUGAUAAGGCGAACCCUGGACAGAUACAAGGGAAACCGCCAGUUUGGAACGAUUAUUUGUAG